AUGAACGGAAAGCAGAGCAAGAAGAAGAGCAUGGCGCCGCUGCUGGGCAAGUACGAGCUGGGGCCCCUUCUCGGGCGCGGCACGUUCGCCAAGGUGUACCUCGCGCACCCGGCGGCCGGCGGGGAACCGGUGGCGGUGAAGGUGAUCGACAAGGCGGAGGUGCUGGGCAUUCCGGGCAUGGCGCCGCGCGUGCUCCGGGAGGUGGCCGCCAUGCGCCGCCUGCGCCACCCGGGCGUGCUCCGCCUCCACGAGGUGCUCGCCACCCGCUCCCGCAUCUACCUCGUCAUGGAGCUGGCGCCCCGCGGUGACCUCCAGACCGCGCUCGCUGCGAACCGCAAGGGCUUCCCGGAGCGCACCGCGCGGCGCAUCUUCGUGCAGCUCGCGACGGCGCUCGCCCACUGCCACGCGCGCGGCGUCGCGCACCGCGACGUGAAGCCGCAGAACAUCCUCCUCGACGCCGCCGGCGGUCUCAAGGUCUCCGACUUCGGCCUCUCGGCGGCGCCCGUCGUCCCAGGCUCAGCCGAAUCCCUCCUCCUCACGUCCUGUGGCACACCGGCGUACGCGGCGCCGGAGGUGCUACGCCGCAAGGCGUACGACGGCGCCAAGGCGGACGCGUGGUCAUGCGGCGUCGUCCUCUUCGUCCUCCUUUCUGGCCGCCUGCCCUUCGACGACGCGAACAUCGUCGAAAUGUGCCGCAAGGCGCUCCACCGGGAGUACGAGAUCCCAACGUCGGUGUCCCCGCCGGCGCGCCGCCUUUUGCACCGCCUGCUCGACCCGAACCCGGAGACCCGCGUCGCCAUCGAGGCGCUGUCGGCGUCGCACCCGUGGUUCGUCAAGCGGUCCCUCAGCCUCGACUCGCAGCUCGGCGGCCUCAUCGACGGCCAGCCGGAGCGCGUGCUGCAGUUCCAGGCGCCCGCUGUGGCGAACGCGUUCGACAUCAUAUCCAUGUCGCCGGGGCUUGACCUGUCCGGGUUAUUCGGCGGGAGCAAGAGGAGCAGGGAGAAGCGGUUCAUGACGACGGCGUCGCCGGAGCAGACGCUGGAGCAGCUCGGCCGGGCCGGUGGGAAGCUCGGGUACAUGGUAGUGGGGAAGAAAGGAGGCGAGUGCCAGCGCCGUCCUCUGCUAGGGAGGCCGGCGAUAUCGGUGGAGAUGUCGGAGCUGGCGCCGCCGCUGAUGCUGGUCGAGAUGCGGCUAGAGACAGACGACGUCGAUGGAGACGGGGAGGUUCAAGUGUUCGGGUGGGAACAGUUGAGGGUUGAGCUAGGGGAUGUUGUUAGGGCUUGGCAUAGCUGUGAAGAUCUGCCACAAGUUUCCUAGUUUUUACUAGUAUCUUAUUACACUAGUUUUUUCUCUUAAAAAAAUAGCUAGAUGGGAAUAUGUUGGUGUUAAUUACUACUGGUGUCAAGUGUAAAAAGGUAGUACUCCAAAUGUCAAUAUGUGAAGCUAGCUCCUGUUUAUUAGGAGUAUUAUUUUUGUACUAGAAAGUACAUUGUAC